UCCUUCACUUCCUUUAGUUUCAGUUCCAGAAAUCAUUUUGUUGUCGGAAUUUGUCAUCGUAAAAGUUCAUCUGAAGGCAAGACUGUGUUCUGGGUGUGACGUACACCGCGACUAUUAUCUAGAGACAUCUCAAGCAGCUCUGUACUUGCAAACCUUUAGUCGAGUAACAUGUCCUCUGGGGGGGUGCCAGCAGUUGAUCCCAGGUUACAUUACCUGUUCACCAGGUUUGACCCUGAAGCAGCUGCGGUGGUGACCGUCUUGUUGGGGUUGUUCCAGGUGCUGCUGUCUGUCCUGCUCGCUUACGCUGAUGAAAGUCUGCCAAAACUCUUCAUACUGCCACUUGUUUCUGGAAUUUUAAUUGUGGCAGGAGGAUCAUUCACAAUGGCCAGUAACAGGAACCCCAGCAAACUACUGCUUCAAGGUUGUGCCUGCAGUAAUAUGGUUGGCCUGUUGGGAGCAAUGCUUGCAUUCUUCUUCUACUGCUACAGCCUCAGCAUUGCACGCGUUGACCUGUGUGUACCCAUUCCUGACCAUGAUGGCUACAGACGUUCAUAUUACGGGUGUCCUGGGGAAGCACUGGCGGCCUAUUGCUGGAGUGUGACACUGCUGCUGCUGCUCUACGACAGCGGGGCAGUGGUCUUGCACUGCCUCCUGUCAAUCUCCGCCUUCAAAGCACUCAAAACAGACUAAUACACACACACACACACACACACACACACACACACACACACACACACACA